CAGAAAGAAUCAUGGACCAAACGUUGACUAAUGAAUGCGUUUUGGAUUCAUGUCAUCUAAUUGUUGAACUAUUAUUUUAUCUCUGAUUUGCACUGUAACUGAUGCUUAGUGGAAUCACCAUUUACAGUUUUCAAAAGCAGCUGGGCAAAUAAAAGAAGCCAUAUCAAGUCUUCCUGUUGCAACCAAUGACGAUGACAAAGAGGAGGCUGCAGCCCUGAAAGAGGAGAAAGAAGUUGCAGAUACAGAUCGACAAGAGCAGGACAAGUCAUCUCCCUCAUCUGAACCACAUCAUAAAGCAGAGUUUGAUCCUUUUAGACUGGAUGCCCUGCUUCCAAGUACAUCAAAGAAAGAUGAGAAAGUCAAGGGAAAGAAAGAAACGGCAGCUAUGAGCAAGAAAGCAGAUGAAAACGAGUCAAAGAAAUUUCUCAAGUCACAGAGAGAAGCUUUAAUUCUCUGUCUAGAGAUUGCUGCAAGACGUUACAAAAUUCCAUGGUGCCAAACUGUCAUAGACAUUCUAGUUAAACACGCAUACGAUAAUGUAGAGAGGUUCACAUCCCAACAAAGAGAUGCAAUUGGGAAACUUUGGGUAUCCAUUCGAGAACAGCAUAACCGUAGGAAACAAGGGAAAUCAGUGACUGGAAAACUAGAUAUGAAUGCUUUUGAAAGGCUACAGGAAAAAUAUGCGAAUGAGAAGAUUAGCAUUCGGCGUGCUGUUGGCGGAGGGGGUGACCGUCGUGCGCAACAGUGGCUGGGUUGAAAAAAGGGAUGAUCAUUUGGUGUAUAAUCUAUUGAUCUUUCUGGUGACUCUGGCUCAUACUGAGAAACUUGGAAAUUUAUUGGCAUUGACAUGGUGAAGAAGUGUAGUUUUCUUUGUUGGGGGAAUGUAUUGGAAUGAGAAAUAUUUUGAAACAUCCCUUUAAUGUAUAUUUUGUAAUGGAAGCAUCUCCAGGGGUAGGUUUUUUAAAAUACAUUCAGAUUUAGUAAUCAUUAAUAUUUUUGGAGUA